CCAAAAUUCCUGUGGAAUCAACCCCCGCCACAAAAAUGGCGGUCAGAUUUCGCAGAUUGCCUGGACUAUUUCGUCAUUUCACUUCCGUCAUUGGUAUAAAUAACCCGGUAAACUAUAUCCCGUACAAAGGACAAUGUAAAGUCAUCCAUAUGGCUUCCCCAAAAGGCUCUCUUUCGCUGGUGGUUGGCCUUGGCAACCAUAGUAUGCCUAAUACUCGGCACAGCGUUGGAAUGGCUGUUGUCAAUCAUCUUGCUGAGAAGCUUGGUGCUGAAUGGAGUUUUAGUAAAAAGUACCAGGGAUAUUUAGCGAUGACACAGAUACCACAACAGAACAUUAUCCUGCUGAAACCCAAGCUCUUAAUGAAUGUUAAUGGACGGUCUAUUGUAAGAGUAGUGUCAGCAUAUAAUAUACAGCCUAGUCAUGUCAUACUGGUUCAUGAUGAACUGGACAAAGCUCUUGGGAAAUUUUCCAUAAAGUAUGGCGGCAGUGCUGGGGGUCACAAGGGGGUGAAGUCGUCCAUAAAUCAACUGAUGUCUCUGGAGAUGGUCAGGCUACGCGUAGGCAUUGGGCGCCCUGUCGACAGAUCUCAAGUUUCAGAUUACGUGUUACAGGACUUUAGUGAAUCCGAGAAACCUAUUCUUACAUGCGUGUUGGAGGAGUGUUCGCAAACAAUCCUUAACUAUCUACAUCCAAGCGAUGAUACUACCCAUGAAGAUCAUUCAUCUAGUAAAAGAAAGAGAAAACAUGGGAAAGUGAGCUAGACCAAGAAAUUUAAAAAAAAAGAGGUCUGCGAGCAGCGACUAUAAUUUAUAUAGAAUGCAAUUUUUGGGGGGAAAUAGCAAAAUCUUUAUUGUGGAGCUUUUAUGUGACAUCUUUAUUUAAAACAACAAUAUUUCUCAUGUGAUUUAAAAGUAGAAUUGAAGUUAUUUAUAAGAAAAAUAAAUUAACCAUAUUUUAUACUCA